AUGGGGUCGAUGCCCAGCGAUGUGGAGACUCUCUCCCUGUACGAGGCGCCGGAUGACCUUUCUCGCGAAAUUGAUGAGCACAUCAGAGACAGCGCCCUGGCCCAGUCUUUACGAGCACACCCCGACUUCGUAGAGUCCAGACCACACCUCAAAAUCCCUGCCGAAGUGCGGCAGCACAAUCUGACGGCGGGGACGUUGGCGGGGCCUGGAAUGAUCGCUGUCCCGCCCUAUUACUUCAAUGAGAAGGACGGUAAAUCCAUGGUUCAGAUCUUCUACGUUGGAGCUGACUGCUCUGGACAUCCUGGCAUCGUCCAUGGAGGAUUUCUCGCCACGAUGCUAGACGAGGGUUUGGCCAGAUGCGCCUUCCCAGCCAUGCCCAACAAAGUGGGAGUCACCGCCAAUCUACAGAUUAAUUACCUCAGGCCUACCAUGGCCGGGCAAUAUCUGGUCCUUAGAGCCAAGACAACCAAAGUGGACGGGCGCAAAGCUUGGUCUGAAGGAUGGAUCGAGAGUCUAGAAGUGGCCGAGGGAGAAGAGCCUCAGAAACUCGUAGAGGCAACUGCCCUCUUUGUUGAGCCAAAGCAUGCUAAGGAGGCUGCUACGACUGACUUGCAGACCUCUGCUAGAAAGGUAUAG